CCUAAAUAAAAAAUUGAUUACCCUGUAUAUGUAUCAAAAGCCAAAAUGUCCAGUUCCUCAAAUACACAUUCCUGUAAGGUUUUUUUUUCUCUUAAUCCAGAAAAACACAGUUUUACAAGCAAAGACGUUACCAACGAUAUGAAGUACAUAAAAGUGUGUAGUAACUCUUCGUCCGCGAUAAGCCUAUAUUCCAUGAAUGACGUUUUGAUAAGUAAAAAUCUGGAAAACACUCGCUCCAGAGCAUUUAAAUGUUUCUUACAUUGUCUACUGACAAAGUAUGGUUGGAUGGACGAGGACGGGGGAUUUUUAAUUCACGAUAUCCGGGAAACUUUGCAAGAAAGCGAUAUUCAGAUAUCCACUAUGGAAUAUAUUUUGUACUCUUGUACUGCCAUGAAAUCCAUGAAUAGGUGCCAUAGGGCCUUCUAUUUUACCGAGUGCUUUUGGAAGAAAAUGGACGAGGAACAACCUGCUGAGGAUGACUUGUUCUAUGAGAUUCAAACCAAGUGAUCAGAUUUUUUGAAAAACUCUUAUUAUUUGUCCUUUUAACAGCGUUAGAAAAGUGUAUUUCCUAAUAAAUAAAUUAUGUAUUUCUUCUUGGUGAUAUUUAAGAAAAAAGACGUUGUUUACAUUUUUUUAAAUACUAUCUUUGCAGACGCUAUUGAACGAUUAAAGCUGCCACUGGUGUAAGGUAAAAAUGUGAAAUAUAAAAAUGCAAUAUCAAGGAAAAAAGCGUUUUUAUUAAUUAA